GUGACAACGUGAGGGGGUAUGACGGCGAUUAGACCACCAUCAGACACAUACGUUUCUUUCCUUUUCUUUUCUUUACUCUCUCUCCCUCUCUCUCUCUUAUUUUUCUUUUUCAUAUAAUGCCUAUAUCGCUUUCUAGAAGCAAUACAGAAAAACCGUUAAAGAGAGCAUCGACACUGACAUCCCGAGUUAAACGCUUUAGUUCAAAACUUGUUCGUAGUAGCAGCUAUAAAAGUAACCCAAGUCCUUUGCCAAGCAUUAUCGAUACUUCUUUAAAGUCGUCUCAAUCAUCUCUUCCAUCCUCUACUUCAGUUCUUGAUGACUCUGAAGAAGAACAUAUUGUAACGCCUACGACACUUACAUUUCUAAACCAUGACGAAAAGAUCAUAAACUCCUAUGCCAAUCAAGAUACAGUGGAUGUCUUACCUGUGUUACCCGAGACACAAUCUGAAAAAACCACUCGGUUAUUUGCCAAUGACAAUGAAUUCUCUUGCUCUACAGUAUCGCUGGUUCGAUCUCAUAUUGCCUCUGCGUUCAAGCAAAUAGACCAAGAAAUUGAACAUGAAUUUGAUCAAUCUCAUUAUCAAAUGAUAGAAGCCAUUCGUGCACCUCCUCGCUUUACUCUUUAAGAAAAAUAAAAUCAUGCAUCAAAUGAUGUGACGCCCUUUUUUGUUGGUAAAAACAAAUUCGUCAUCGUUU